UCUUUGCUCGCCCAUUUCUCCACUAAAAAUGGCGAUCUCUUCACUUAUCAAUCAAGAUUCUUGCUGUUCUUCUUCCCCUUUUUGCCUCUGUAAAUUUGUGGGGAAUAGGGUUUGUUCAGAUCAGUUCUAUAAAUUCUGGUUUUGUGAAUGAUCUGGACCUGAAUCUGAAACCCUAGAAAUUUGAUUUGGGGAUUUAUUGAAAAUUUGGAGGUAUUUAGGGAGGGGUGGAAUUAAUAAUUCAUAAAUUAUUAAUAAAAUAUGGAUACGGCGUCGUUUGAUGUGGAGAGCUCCAAUUCUGAGAGCAGCGGCAUGAACGCCGGCUCCGGCGCCGGCGCCGGCGGAACUUCUUCUUCUUCCUCUCCUAAUUCUUCGACGACUCUGAGCCGCUACGAGAACCAGAAGCGGCGCGACUGGAACACCUUCGGACAGUACCUGAAGAACCACCGGCCGCCGCUGAGCCUCAGCCGGUGCAGCGGCGCGCACGUGCUGGAAUUCCUCCGCUACCUGGAUCAGUUCGGGAAGACGAAGGUCCACACCUCGAUCUGCCCGUUUUACGGGCACCCCAACCCGCCGGCGCCCUGCCCCUGCCCGCUCCGGCAGGCCUGGGGCAGCCUCGACGCCCUCAUCGGCCGCCUACGCGCCGCCUACGAGGAGAACGGCGGCAAGCCGGAGACGAACCCCUUCGGCGCCCGCGCCGUCCGCCUCUACCUCCGCGAGGUCCGGGACCUCCAGUCCAAGGCCAGAGGAAUUAGCUACGAGAAGAAGAAACGGAAACGCCCCCCGCCGCAGCAUCCCUCCUCCUCCUCCGCCGGCGCCGCCGCCGCCGCCGCGCUCCUCCCACCGCCGCCGCUUCCAGGUCAAGGCUAGCUUAUCAAUUUCCAUGCAUAAUCUCCCCCAAAUUUUAUAUAUAUAUAUAUAUGCCCUAAUUUGAUUAUCCCCCUUUGCAUCUGUACGACUUUUUUAGGGUUAAUAAUAUCGCCAUGUUUGAAAUUACUGAGCUUCAAUUUAAAAAAAAAAAAAAAUCAAGAACAGUGCAUCAGUAUCAGUGGUAGAAAAUUACUAUUAGCACUAUGAGAUCAGUAACAGUUCAGAAUCAGAUAUUAAUAUUAUUAUUUGUGUUUUCAUU